GUGGGGUAGUGGGAGUGGUGAUUGUAGAAAACAGUUAGGUUUAGCGGUCUGUCUGCAGUAGUCGAGUUAUUGACGAGCGGAGGCGGUUGUGACACUCACUGAUAGAAUUGUCCCGCUUUUAGACAUAGCGCUUGGAUCGUUUACAGUAAGGUCCAUAACAAAAGGACAACAUGUUUAAGUCCAACGGUUCCUACAGCCCUUCGGAAGAGAAGCCUGUCCAGAAAGGAGCAGAUCACGAUGAGGAGAAAGCGUUGUUCUUGAAUAAGAAUGAGAAGGAAGACCCCCCUCCCUACCCAGGAGACUACUCGUCUUAUCCCAUGACAGACGUCAAAGUGGACUUUUCUGGUCACCCUAAUGGUGUUGCUAACGGCGGUCUUUCUCCUAUGUCCCCGGUCGAAGGAAAGCUCCUUAACGACGACGACUCUGAUGAUACCAGUUCGGCUGAUUCGGAUAAAAACACAAGGCAUACGUGGGGGAGGAAGACCGAGUAUGUGCUGUCUAUGAUCGGGUACUGCGUAGGACUUGGAAAUGUCUGGCGUUUCCCCUACGUCUGUAUCAGGAAUGGAGGAGGUGCUUUCCUCAUCCCGUUCUUCAUCUGCCUGACGUUGUGCGGUCUACCCCUGUACCUUAUGGAGGUAGCCCUGGGCCAGUUUGUCAACCUGAGUCCGCUGCACGUCUUCAACAUCUGCCCCUUGUUCAAAGGAAUCGGCAUCUCCAUGAACGCCCUGUGCAUCAUCUGCUCCUGGUAUUACACGAUGAUCUUGGCCUGGUCCCUCAUCUACCUGGUGUACUCCUGCAUGUCCCCUCUGCCUUGGACGCGCUGUGACGGAUGGUGGAACACCGAAAAUUGCGUCACCCCUCAGAUGAGGAAAGAAGCAUUACAGAACGCAUCACUAGCUGGGGGUAACCUCACUGAUCUCGUUGGGUACGGUCUGAACGCUACGGUGUUGCUCAACGGAAACGAUACGUUCUCGAACUCCACCCUUAUUGGAAAUGUUACCCGCAAGACCAUUGGUGCCUCAGAGGAAUUCUGGCUGCGUAAUGUCCUCCAGUUGUCUGACAGUCUGGCGGAUAUCGGCACCAUCCCCUGGCAGUCUGGUGUGGCUCUUCUUGUGGCCUCUAUCAUCGUGUUUAUGUGUAUUGUCAAGGGCGUGAAGACUGUCGGAAAGGUUGUGUAUGUGACUGCUACUCUCCCCUACCUCCUGCUGACGGCCUUUUUGAUCAAAGGAGCCACUUUGCCCGGAGCCGGGGAGGGAGUCCUUUACUAUCUCACUCCUGAUUUCAAGCCCCGGACUUGCCUUCGUGGUAUACCCAGAGGCCAUCUCGUACCUGCCCGUACCACAGCUCUGGGGAGUCAUGUUCUUCAUUAUGCUGUUCACCCUGGGUCUCGACUCACAGUUUGUGAUGUGCGAAGUGACUCUGACAACCGUCAAUGACUUGUGGCCAAAGAUCAGAUUGGGCUCCAGACAGCUGAUCUUCAAGUCUUGCUAUCUCCUUGCCUUGUUUCUGAUUUCCCUACCGUACGCAGCAAAGGGAGGUAUGUACCUCUUCCAGCUGGUGGACUGGUACUUUGCAGCUUUUGCUAUUGUGGCCAAUGGUUUAUUUGAGCUCAUUGCUGUCCACUGGAUUUAUGGGUCUGAACGUUUCAUGGACGAUAUCAAGCUUAUGAUUGGCUACAAACCGCACUACAUCCUCGUUAUUUUUUGGAGGUUUAUUACACCGUUGGUGUUGCUGACUGUGAUAGUGACAGCACUGAUGGCCUACGAUCCUCCAGUGUUCCAAGACUACAUCUACAGUAGCACCGAAGUCUUCUUUGGAUGGCUCCUCGCCAACGUCUCAUUCGCUCCCGUCCCUCUCUUCGCUAUUUUUCUGAUGGUGAGAACACCAGGAUCGUUCUUGCAGCGGUUAAAGAAGUGCCUCACUCCUAACAAACAAUGGGAGCCGUCCGUGGUGGCGCUGAGGGAGCAAUAUCAUCGGGACAACCAGCACAAGACGAUAUGUCCUAACCCCUUUCCAUGUGUCAGCCGGCAGUCAUAGCCUUACGUUCCACCAUCUUGCACAACGUGUACAUAACCAUCUUUUCUUUUUCUCCUGAGAUCUGCUGAUGUUUUAGUUACAUUCAUCAUACUUUCAUUUUGUAAUUUUGUAAACUACACUACUUGUCCACUACCACAUCAACCGACACGAGAUUUCUAUGUAUAUAUUAUGUAGGAUACUUGUGUUAUCAAUAAUGUCAUUAAUAUUAUUAUUAUAUAAUAAUAUUUAAUGUACGUGUACAUUAUGUUCGAAAAAAAACAACACAACUGCAAUGCACGUCCAGAUACAUGGAUAGCUCAGACAUCACUUGAAUAGGAAUGCAUACAUCUGAAAAUAAUCAAUUUUCCAACCUGAAGCAUUUAUAAUCUAGACCAUAAGUAGAUCUACUCUACAUUCAAACGUUAUGCAUUUUUAGUGUUGCUAUACCUUCUUGGCAAAAUGAAGAACAUGCCCACAUUUUUCAGUCACCGUUUUAAAGCAUCGAAGUUAAAAUAAGACUGUCAUUUGCAAAUGGAAAUCAUUUUCCUUGAAUUGCGUGUAGAUAUUUAUUGCUAGUCAAGUUGAGUAGGAUGGACUAAAUUAUUGCUUAUUAUUUGAUUUUGUUGGUGAGAAGAGCCUUUGCAUAUUCUUUGGAAUUUAUAUUUUUUCGGGGGUAGAUUUUCUUCCUCUCAAUAUAAGUUUCUGAAGUGUGAGUUGGAGAAGUUCUAGAUCAAAUAAAGGGAGAGUAAUUUCGUCAAGUUUUCCCCCCACCGGAAAAAAAAUUAGAACCCGUGGUGGUCUAAAAUCGACAAAAGGAGGCUUCGCUGCCACCCGGGCAAAAUUCAAAAUUCCCUAGCAACUGAAAAUGUUUAAUGUGUCCCGCGCGCUUAAAUGACAUUGUGCAGAUGCGAGCACCGUAAAACACUUACAAAAAAAAGAACGAUUUGGUAUAAUAUUAUUAUAAUGUGCUAUUAUUUAUGGCGUCUUCAUCUCCCAAUAAUUCCAAUUAGUCCCCAUGAGAUCUCGCAACACCCCGAAUGGAUUCCAGAUAACGGGAGUUCUCGUUUUUUAACCGUUUAGAUUUCCCCUUAACUUGCGUUUCAUAAGUUAUUAGUGCAAGAAUUUAUUUGUCUUAAGUUAAGAUUCCUAUAGCUACAGCAAUAUAGUUAGCCAUGGCCUAUUGAUGUAAAUACAUGUACGUAUAGUAAGAUAUUAACUGUGUCGGGUUUAAACAGAAAACAUUCAAACUGCAGCCCGGGGACCGAGAAUCCAAAGGGGCGUCGCAUGGAACGUAUUUACAGGGUUUUGAAAAUUAAUUUUGAAAAAGCAAUGCAUAAUGAAACAUUAUUUCGGUAAAACUAUUACUUGAUUCAUUCCUUACCUGUACAUAGGGGCUCGUAGUUCUGGUUAAACCUGGCUCAAGAUAUCGAUGUAUCGAUUACGAAAUUAUAUUCAUAAAAAAGUUUCAUUAUCAUCACUCAUCAUAUGUUAAAACGAGUGACAUACUGCGAAACAAUUAAUUUCAUUGUAUGUAAAACAUGUAAUUUAAAUAUUAUACUGCAAUCAUGACAAGACGUAGGUUUAGAUUUAAUCCAAUUUAUUUGGCUUCCAUUUAGAAAUAAAACAUUCUUCCAAGUGAGUCAUAUGAAAGUAAACGAUCAAAUCCUCUGAAAAGUAGGGAAUUAUUCUACUCGGAAACAAAGAAAAAGUGGAAUAAACAACGUUAAGAUCGUACUCAAACAACUGUCACCAUCCAUUGCAAAUGUCUCAGCAUUUUUAUAAAAUAUUUAUGAUCAGUCCAACGAUCUUUUCCCAUGGUCGUCCAAACCAACGAAAUGAUAAGUCAACUAGCCUUAUCAAGGUCGAUCACGAUUUGUUGACACAUUGACAUAUAACUGCUAUAACAAUAUGGUAACAAAUGAUAAUUACUCCAGGAUGAUAUUUCAAAAUGCGUUGUACUAUAUACACAACAUAUUAUUUGACUCAGAGGUCUAUUUAUUUUGAUCUUUUGGAAGACUUAAAUAUUGGGCCUGUGAAGAGCGAAAGAAAAUGAAUUAUUUUCCCAGUCUUCACAUAUUUAUUAUAAAUGCCAUUUUUGUUGAAGUGUGUUAAUGUUAGUAGUUUAUUGUUACUAACAUUACUAUUGUUGAUUUUAUUUUUUCAAUUUUAUGUUCGUUUAUUUUGAAGAAAAAACCCUCUCAAUAAUCAUGCUGUGAUUCCAGAUUGCAAUAAGUGAAAGUUUAAACGAACUCUACCAGUAUUGAUUAUACUUUUUGUUUUCUUAAACUUUCGUUGAAGAUGAAAAGAAGCAGGAGUCACAAUGAAAGAAAAACAAUUAAUAUAGAUACUUUGAAUAAAUAAAACAUGAAAAGAGAUUGGGCUGGUAAUGUCAAUAAACAGAAAUGCUUUCAUUAUCAAUCAAUAUGUACUGACAAAAAUUGAAGGCACUAGAUAAAUCAUGUUGUGCUCAACAGGAAUGUUGUUAUGACCAUACAGAAAGUUCAAUGAAACAGUACAACCAAACAAUAUGGGUCUCUGGGAAUCAGUCGAGUCUCAUAGCAUAAACAAUAGAAGAGUAAACGUUUGACUUACGACCUGAAACGUUGUGUCGUGUAAACCAAUCAAAUGUUUAUUAAUUAUUCAAAUAAUAAUACCAAGCUUUAAAAGACUAAGACAAUUGUUUAUCGAACUACGUUUUAUAAACGAACAGUUGUUUAGCAUACUUAGAACAUUGUCAUUCAAUCACAACACUUAUAAGUGUGCAUGUACUACCGAUAUGUGUGUUCGUGAGUGUGUAUUACGAUUUGAAGGAAAGAUUUGAGAGUAACGGUGUGUAUGUGUCCAUUUAUCUACUCAUCUGACAUUGGACCAGGACUGUCAUUUAUUUUCUUCCUAAGAUGCUGACAUAAUGUAUUACAUUAGAUGCGUUUCUACUUCCACUGAUCUCGUAUAAACUCAUUUGUUUUUGGGUGUUUUUUUAAAACUGCUUUUCUUUUCUCUAUUAAAACAAACAAAGGGGUAGGAAAGUAAAGAUAACAUACAUGUGAUUAUGUUGUUUUAAAGGUAGAAAAAAAAACUUUAACAGUUUCUGAAACAGGCCGAUUGCUUUGCAGUCAGGGAUAAGGCUCAAGGGUGUUUUGCAACAGCAAAUGUGGGUGGUCGCAGCUUGGGGUGGACUAUACUAUAUUUUUAUUCCUUGUUGAGAUUACUUUUGAAUAUACAAACUUUGUGUAUCUUGCCUUUGAUUAUAUCUAUGCACUAUUCUUUUGUAAAUAUGUACCCAUUUUCAUUGUUUGUGAGAGUUGUACGACAGUUCUAAUGUCGAGCGAUGUGUUUACUUUCUUAUACUGCAAUCUUAGGAAAACAGAUCGGCAUUACCAAAAGUGAAACCACUUCUCAAACACAUUUCCCUUUACACACACGCGCGGACUUGUAUUUACUUAAAAAUGCAAACAUACAAACACAUACAUGUACGUGUGCACAUAAACUCACAUAAACGCACACACUAACUCAUACACAGGCACACACACACACACGCACACACACACACACACACACACACACACACACACACACACACACACACACACACACACACACACACACAAACAUUCAGCCACCCGGAAAUUUUCGGAGAGAAUGAGAGCAUAAAAUGGGAGAGAAAGAAAA